CACAGUGACGGCUGUGUGUUGUGUGUUGUGUGGUGUGUGUUGUGUGUCAGUGAUGUCAUCAUUAUUAACACUGCUGCAGCAUCUCUCCGCCUGCUCCUCGCUGAUUGAGUCGUUUGUUGCAGGUGCUGACCGCUUCAUGGACGAUGUGGCUCGUAUGAUUGGCUACCGGCCUUUCCCCUGGAUGAAGUGGUGCUGGUCCUUCAUUACUCCGUGUGUCUGCAUGGGCAUCUUCCUGUUCCACCUGGUGAACUACAAGCCGCUGACCUACAACAACACGUACGUGUACCCGUGGUGGGGCGAGGUGAUUGGCUGGUGUCUGGCUCUGUCCUCCAUGCUCUGCAUCCCCGUCAGUCUUCUCUACAAACUCUUCAGAGCCAAGGGAACCUUCAGAGAGCGCUGGGCUCACCUGACCACUCCGGUGUGGGGGGCCCAUCACCUGGAGUACAUGGCCCCCGACAUCAAGUCCCUGAGCUCGCUGUCCCCCGGCACCGACGACAACAAGGUCAUCAUCUUCGAGAGUGUCAUGUAGACCACCAAUCACAGCGCCCCAUCUCCAUCUCCGUCCAUCCCACCUGCGACAAGAUGGCAGACACCUCAGCACCUCCAGAUUCACCUCCACCCUGUACCACACCUCAGUGAUCCAUCGGCCUUGGAUUGAUUGAUUGAUUGAUUGAUUGAUUGAUUGGCUCCUUCCUGAAUUACCUGAUGGAUGUGUCGUCGUCCUCGGCUCCUUCAAACGUCACCAGGCACCAGAGCUACAAAGAGUUUUCAAUAAAAGAACAAAGCAGCUCCUCCAGGAGGGUUUUAUAAUCACAGCUGCUUCCUUUUCCCAGAUUACCACUAAAGUAGAGAUUAAAACCAGCAGAUCACUCGGUUCUCGGACUGUAAAGGGCUUCGACUCGACUCCUCCGGUUCUCACCAUGAAAAUGUAAAUAUCAUUCGUCACUGCUUCAAGGAUCAAAUCAAACUGUAACGUUUCACAAACCCUGGAGGAGCUGAAGAAGAACGUCCGAGAGAUUCCCUAAACGCUACUGAACGUCGGGCUUCCUCCAUGUUGGAUGAAGAGCAUCGGUCUCGUCUUGUGGUGGGCGGGAUGGACGUGCAGACACACACCUGAGAGACGGCCAUCACACACACACACACACACACACACACACACACACACACACACACACACACACAUACACACACACACACACACACACACGCACGCACACACACACACACACACACAGCUUCAUGACUUCAUCAUCAAACCAACAGUAAACAUCAACAGAUCAACAGGCACUUGGUGCUCAAGUCUAAAGGUGUGGGUCAAAUUUAACAGGCUGUGUGUAACGUAUGUGUGUGUGUGUGUGUGUGUGUGAGUGUGAGUGUGAGUGUAUGAUGGCUGUUUAUUAAGACAGAGUUGUAGACACACAGACUGACUGACCCCCAGAAAAUCCCCAGAGGUCUUAAAAACCUUAGAGAACGUUCUGCUCUUCAGUCAAACGUGCGGCCGGGUUUAAUUCCUGGAGUUCGUUCCUCUAGUUUCGUUGAGACAAACUCUGAGUUUGUUGGCAGGACUGAAGUGUAAAAGAAUGUCCCUGUUACGGAGCAGCCAGCGGUCCAUGAACUCACCACGCUGCCAGGAGUCCUGAGAUCAGCCAGCUGACGUCUUUCAGCCUGUUUGUGACUCUGAUUGUUUCGGAUCUAAAUUCAGACUCAAACCGUCGUCCUGAUGCUUGGCUUGUGUCGACACAUCGACACAGCUCGUGCGCUCCUGAAGCUAAAAACUGUGAAUCACCAGCUCCUAAAUCUGAUCCCAGAGCAGCGUGGGGUUCUCUGACCGCUGACCUCCGAUCUGUUUUCAACAGUCACACCGAGGCUUGAUUCACUCAGGCGACAACAGAUCUGAUAUCAGAAGUAAACUUUUCAUUUUCAAUUUCAGUUUUUAUAUUUUUGUUUAAAAUGAAUUUUUAUAUCCAGUUUCUGAGAUUGUGUUCACUGACUGACUCUGUGAAGGUGAUCCAGCUCUGAGGAGAAGCCUGAAUCAGUAGAGUCUGCUUGGUAAUAACAUUUCUACUUACUGGUUCCUGAAGCUUUUGACCGCGACUCCUGAGCUUCAUCUUUUACGCUCAGCUCAAGCUUGCAGUUUUCUGUGAACAUAAACAAACAGAAACAAAAUGUUUGACUUUAGAAGCUCAACUCAACGUCCACUUACUGUCUCCACCCAGAACAAGUUUGAUCAUUUGAUGAACUGGUUAAUUCAUUUAUCAAGAAGCUGAGAAUCUCUGAAGGAAAGCAGCAGUUUAAAGAAGGCUGUUGUGAUAUUUCACAGAUCAAUACUGUUGAUCGAUUAACAGAGAAAAUAAUCAGCAGAUGAACCUGUAACAAAAUCAUCUUGACCACAAGCAGCUGAUCCAGGUUCAGUCUGUGAACACAAACAGAAAAUAACGUUCUCAGAAUAAAUGUGAGGUCACAGUGGAUCUGACCUUUAACCUUUCAUGUUCAGUAUCUGACCUCCUUCUGAGGAGCUUCAGGCCUGUGUGAGAAUCAGGUCAAAGGUCGGGCUUCGUUCUGCGUCCACCC